UGUCACUGCAGGUGAACUUUAUCUUCAACGCAACCAACUCUUAAAGCUUCACUUUUCAGAUAAAACCACCCAUUUUCCCUCUCUUGCAGAUCAGUUGAUGCUUCCCACUUCACACCACUACUCAGCAAAAACCCUAGUAAAAGACAUGCUUCUCCAAAUCCAAUCCACUAUUUCAUCUCCACCACCUCUCCAGAACCACCAUCCCCGCCAUUCUUCAUCUGGGUCUCGCAAUUGGAGGCCUUACAGACUCGCUCUUGAGGUUACUACUCAGCGUUGUAGUGCACCCACUUCAGCAACCUCUGUGACAGAUCAUGGGCUGGAUGUCACUGAAUCUCCUAUAUUGCAGAUAUUUGGAAGGGAAGUAGCAAUAAAAUCAUUGACUUCAAGAAAUCUUAAAGGAUUCUUGACUAACAUUUUGGCUUUUGAGGAUGCUACAAAUGCAAAAAGGCCACUGAUUGCUGUAUCUGCACUUUCAUGUGGAGUAGCCUCGUGGUUGACUUCUGCACAAGUUGCACACUCAAGUGAAGAUGUCAAAAUGAAUGUAGUCUAUGAGGUUGGGGAGUUGUUUGAAUUGGGGAUUCAGCUUUCUUACCUUCUUUUACUGUUAGGUUUGAUUGGAGUUGGAACCUUUUUUGUGAUUCGUCAAGUCCUUGUUCGUAGAGAACUUGACCUUUCUGCUAAAGAAUUGCAAGAGCAAGUAAGAAGUGGUGAUGCCAGUGCAACUGAACUGUUUGAACUUGGAGCAGUGAUGUUGCGGAGGAAAUUUUAUCCAGCUGCUACUAAAUUCUUGCUUCAGGCAAUUGAGAAAUGGGAUGGAGAUGAUCAAGAUCUUGCCCAGGUUUACAACGCACUUGGUGUCAGUUAUGUUCGUGAUGGGAAGCUUGAAAAGGGAAUCACUCAGUUUGAGAAUGCCGUGAAACUUCAACCAGGCUAUGUCACAGCCUGGAACAACCUUGGUGAUGCUUAUGAGAAGAAGAAAGACUUAAAGUCUGCUCUUAAGGCAUUUGAAGAAGUGCUUCUUUUCGAUCCUAACAAUAAGGUGGCACGACCUCGGAGAGAUGCGUUGAAGGAUCGUGUUCAAUUGUACAAAGGAGUAGUUCCCACUCAACCAAAGGAGAGAUGAUUUAUGAUUUGCACAGCAUUAUGUGUUAGCUCUCACACAGUGAUCUAGAAUUUUGACAAUUUAUUUCUGAUUGCAUUUUUGUUAUUUUUUUUUUCUUUCUCGUGAGAGCACUAACUAACAACCUUGAGAACUUGGCUCAGUUUGGCUUGACAGGGGCUCUGGAUGGCAAAUAAAUUCUAGAUGUUCUAUGUG